AUGAAAAAAAGAACUAGAAAUAAUAAUCAAGAAUUUUAUGAUGGUAGAAUUGAAAAUAUUAAAAAACCAAAAGAAGACCACAUAAUUAAUAAUGAUAGUGAUACUUUAAUAGAUGAUGAAAAUAAUAAUAUUAAAAAUUAUGAAAAUGAAUUUAAAUUAUUUAAAUUAAUGAAUAAAGAAAAGUUAGUAAUUAAAAAAUUACAAACGAUUGCAAAAGAUAAUGGAUUACCAUUCAGUGGUAAUGAGAAUGAAUUGUAUAAUAGAAUUGAACAAUAUUAUAAUAUUAAAAUUAAUUCAGAAAAAGAAGUUAAGCAACAACAAGAUAAUAAUCCAUUUAAUAAAAGUCAACCAAUAUUAUUAAUUAAAAAUGAGAAUGAAAUUGCAUUUUGGAAAGUUUUUAGAAAUAAAUCGUUAUUUAAAAUGGUGUUCUCAAAUUUCAAAUUUUCAAAUACAUUUAAUUAUUCAAGAUUAUAUUCAGUUAAUAAUAUAUUUAAGAGUUUUAGCAAUGGUAUUGAAAUAAUUAGAGAUAAAGUAAAAUCAAAUAGUUAUUUAUCAUUUAUAGCUAUAAAUGAUAAGGACAAUAUUCAAAAAUUCAAUUUUAAUGGUUUAUCAAUUAUUUUUGAAAAUAUUAAAGAUGAAAAUGAAGAAAAUCAGUUAUUCUAUAACCAAUUUAUAACAAACUAUUGUAAUAGGACAGUUCACUUUUGGAGUUUAUUCGACCACGUUAUUGAAUCAUCAAAUUUAUUAGCAUUGAAAUCGUUGCAUGGAAAUGGAAUGAUUAAAGAAAAGGUAAAAGUUGAUUUUGAAAUUAAUAGUUAUUCAAAUUUAAAAAUAUUAAAUUACCUAACAAAGAAUUUAAGUAAACUAUUUAUUAUUGAAACUAUUCAAGUCAAUGAUUUUAAUAUAUUUAAAGAAUUUAAAUUAGGUGAAUUAAUUGAUUUCACUAGAGCAUUACUUGAUGAUAAAAAAUAUUACAAAUUAUUAAAACCAUUUAAUAAUAAUAAAUCAUUUUCAAGAGCUACAAAAGAUAUUGAUGAUGAAUUAUCUUUAUUUUUAGAAAAUAUUACAAAAAAUAAAUUAAUUUUAAAUGAAAUUAAAAAAUUUAAAUUUACAGAUAAAGAAUUAAAUGAAAAUUUAUUUAAAGUUUUAAAACCAUUAACAAAUUGGGAUAGACAUUUUUCAAAGUUAAAUCAUAAUUAUAGUAGUGACAUUGAUAACAAUAGUAGUAUUAAUAAUGAAAUUGAAAAUGAAAAACAAAGAUUAUCAAUAAUAAAAUUAAAAAAUUUAGAAUUAUUUCAAAAAAUAGUAAAUAAUAAUGAUAUUUUAAGUAAAAAAUUAAAAUUGGUUAGUUAUGAAGUACAUGAAAGUAUUUUUAGUAAUAUUAUGACAAUUCAAAAUGAUCAAAUUAAAAUUGGAAAAGAAAUGGAAGGUAAUUUUAUUGAACAGAAUCAAUUAAUUCAAAAAAUACAAGAAAAACAAUUAAAAAAACAAAAAGAAAAAGAAAAUAAUACUCUUCAAGAAUGUAAAGAUGAUGAUUUAAAUAAAAGAAAUACAAUUUUCAAAUAUAUUACUAUAUUUUAUGAUUUAAAUUUAAUUAAAAAGAAACCAAUUGAAUAUAGUUUAGCCUUUUUAAAUGAAUUUGUAGCUACAAAUGAAGAAUAUUGUUGUUGGGAUGAUCAAUUAUUUGAAUAUGGUAUGCCAAAAAAUGAAAUUUUAGUCAAUGGUGUAUUAUCAUCAAAUAUUAAUAAUUCAAAGAAAAUUGAAAUUGUAAUGAAUUCUAAAUUUUUAAUGGAAAAUCAAUUUAGAAAUUUUAUUUCAACAAAUUGUACUCGAUCAUUAAUUAAAAAUGUUAAAUCCAUUGAUAUGUUAGAUUUCCUUUUUAAAAACUUUCAAAAUCAAAUAUUUGCUGAAAAUAAUAAUAAUUGGCAAUAUUGUAAUAGUGUUGAAAUUUUACAACAUUAUGAAAAAUUAAUGGAAUCAUUAGGUAGAAAAUUCUCAUAUUCAGUUAAUAACCCAGAAAUUCAAUUCCCAUUAUUAUUAAUGGCAAUUAAUAAUCCAUUUUUAUAUGAUGAUGAUGAUGAUGAUAUUCAAAAAAAAAAAAGUUUAAUACUUAAAAAAAAUAUAAGUUUUAAUGAUUUUUUAUUAUUAAUAGAAUCAAAUCGUUUUAAGAAACUUGAAAUGCGUAAGUCACUCACAGAAUUUAAUAAUGACUCUAUUUUAAUUUCAAGAUGGAUUUCAGAUAAUUGUAUAACCGGUCUUUCUUCUCUAAUUGACCAUGGUCGUGGUUUUAAUACGUAUAGUAUUAAAAUAGAAAUUGAUGUUCAAUUACCAAACUAUAAAGGAAAUGAUGGUGAUGGUGGUGAUAGUAAUGGAAAGGUUAAACUAUUAUUAUACCAAAAUCAAUUAAUUCAAAUAUUAUAUAAUUCAAAUCGUUUAGAUGAUAUUUUUAAAAUUAAUAGUUUAUCUGGUAAAGAGAUUAUUAAUUUUAUUAAUUUCAUUGGACCACAUAUUUCAUUACCAUUCGUUGAAAAGUUAUUACAAUAUUUAAUUGAUGUGAAUUUAAAUUUUGAAAUUUAUACUUUUUUAAGUGCAUUGAUUUCAAAUGGUAAUCUUUUAAUAAUUAAAUAUUUAAAUUUAAAUCAUAGUCAUUUUUUUUCAAAAAUUACAAAAGAGACCGAAGGAUUUUUAGAACCAAGAGAAUUAAAAAAUUUACUUUCAUCUUCUGUUCUUUUUGAUCAUGUUCAAAUAGCUGAAAUACUUUUUGUUUAUACAAAUUUAACAAAAGGUGAAUUUGAAAGGUCAACUAAACCUUCAUAUUCAAUGAUAGAAUUUCUUUAUUCUAAUAAUUUUAAAUUAUCUAAAUAA